AUCUAAACAUGCAAGUCCGUGUCUUCUAGAUUUUAAUCAUAUUUUUAUUCUAUUUAUUAAUUAUGAUUCUUCUUAAAAUGGCACGCCUAAAAACGAGAAUUAAGAAUCCCAGCUUACGGAUGGAUCGGAUCGCACCCACGGGGUUUGAAUCAACAACCCAGUCCGGCUCCGGUCAACCCGCCUUUGAUCCCCGUCCGUCGUAGCGUAAUUUCUCCGACCACAUCCGUACACGAUCCGAAGCCUCCUCCGUUCCAAACUAACCUCCCCUUCAAACCCCCUCUCUUUUUCUCGACCUUCGGAGAAGUCCUCAUCUCCGCCCCUUCUCUCUGCCACCGCGCACCGUGGGCGUCCAUCUCCUCCGGCGACGCUCCGCCUUCCGCCGCCCUCCGUGGAUCUUCGCCUUCUUCUCAUCCAAUCUUCUCGUAGUUCGAUAUUUCCACGAGCGAUCGGGAUCUGGAGUUGCUCGAGUCGUCCGAUCUUCGCCGUGGCUAGAUAUUGACGGAGAGGUGUGAAACAGUCGGAAUAGGAGUGGUGAAGGUUAACGGUGAUUUUUUCAUAUCAGUUCUUGAUCGCUAAAAAGAUGAAUUUCCUUGUUGGAGCAUUCAAGCCACCAUGUAACAUCACAAUCACCUUUUCUGAUGGGAAGUCUAGAAAACAGGUUUCAAUAAAGAAGGAUAAUGGUAAGACCGCUAUGGUCCCACUUUUCCAGAGUCAAGAAACCAUAUCUGGAGAGAAAUUGGAUAGAUAAUUGUGCUGAGGUCUUUAUUAUUCAGGUGGUUAUCGAUCCUAUUCAAGGAAAGAAGGUCGAACACAAUGGUGUCAAAGUUGAGCUCCUUGGUCAGAUAGAGUUGUAUUUUGACAGAGGCAAUUUUUAUGACUUCACUUCCCUUGUGCGUGAACUAGAUGUUCCUGGUGAAAUAUAUGAAAGGAAAACAUACCCAUUCGAAUUUUCUACUGUUGAAAUGCCGUAUGAGUCAUAUAAUGGGAUAAAUGUGAGAUUGAGGUACAUCUUGAAAGUAACAGUCAGUCGUAAUUACGUCAGCAAUAUUGUGGAAUACCAGGAGUUCUGUGUUCACAAUUAUACUCCUCUUCCAACAAUCAACAACAGCAUCAAGAUGGAAGUUGGAAUUGAAGAUUGUUUACACAUUGAAUUUGAAUACAACAAAAGCAAGUAUCAUCUGAAGGAUGUUAUCAUUGGCAAAAUAUAUUUUCUUCUGGUAAGAAUUAAGAUAAAAAAUAUGGAGCUUGAGAUUAGACGGCGUGAAUCUACUGGAUCAGGGCCUAAUACAUAUGUUGAGACUGAGACUCUUGCAAAAUUUGAGUUGAUGGAUGGUGCUCCUGUAAGAGGGGAAUCAAUUCCAAUUAGAUUAUUCCUGAGUCCAUAUGAGUUGACGCCAACUUAUCGCAACAUUAACAACAAAUUCAGUGUGAAAUAUUUCCUAAAUUUAGUUCUUGUGGAUGAGGAGGAUCGACGGUAUUUCAAGCAGCAAGAAAUCACGGUAUACCGCCUUCAAGAAACUUCUUGACCUUCCUCUCGGAGAACCCAUGGAAGACUUGAUUGGAUUUCUUAUGGGCUUCACCUUUGACUGUAAUAAUGCACUACAAUCAGGAGGUUGGUGUGAAUCGUGUAUAUAUCAGCCAGUCCGUUUUUGAACUGAUUUUCAGGAUCAGUUUCUGCGAAACGCAAUCUUUAUUUUUUGGCCUGUUGUUUGUUUGGGGAGUUGAAAUUAUCAUUGAGAUGCUUACUUGAUUUGCUGACCAUGCAGUUUUCUUGGAAGAUUUUUAAUUUUAUUUUUUAAGCAUGCAUUCCAGUUCUCACUAAUGCGAGAAUCUGGGAUAGCUUAGGUGAAAAUGAAUCAAGAGAUUGAAAGCAACUUCUCUUA